UUUACGGCAGCCGGUUCCCAUAACGUCAAUCAACAACAUGGCGGAGGCUGCGCAGAGUCCCGGUGCUGAGGAGGUUUUAACGGAGAACCGGGAGAGUUCAGCGGCGGGGAAAGACAGCGGGACACCGGGAGCUGCUGCCCGGGACAAACCCGUGUGUCUGAUCGUGCUGGGGAUGGCGGGGAGCGGGAAAACCACCUUUGUGCAGAGGCUGACGGCUCACCUUCACGCUCUUAAAGCUCCUCCCUAUGUGAUCAACCUGGACCCUGCCGUCCACGAAGUCCCCUUCCCUGCAAACAUCGACAUCAGGGACACGGUGAACUACAAGGAGGUGAUGAAGCAGUAUGGCCUCGGGCCAAACGGGGGCAUCGUGACGUCACUCAACCUGUUCGCCACGCGCUUUGAUCAGGUGAUGCAGUUCAUAGAGAAGAAGCAGCAGAAUCACCGGUACGUGCUGAUUGACACGCCGGGUCAGAUUGAAGUCUUCACCUGGUCUGCAUCUGGAACCAUCAUCACAGAGGCUCUGGCGUCAUCCUUCCCGUGUGUCGUGAUCUACGUGAUGGACACGUCCCGCAGCGUCAGCCCCGUCACAUUCAUGUCCAACAUGCUGUACGCCUGCAG